GAGAGGCACACACUACACACAUGGCAUUAACGUUGUUGGUGUGUAGUAUAGAGUAGAGUAGGGGUUUUGGUUUUGGUGGUUUAUUAUAGCGGCGGAAUGGGAAAACGAGAGAAGCAUAAGCAGAAACACGAUAGAACUCAACGAGAUAGAAGUUACUAUCUUCAAGAUAAUGAUAAUGAUCAUGAUCAUGAUACUACACAACCCUUCUCUUCUACUUCACCUGCUGAAAAAGAAGAACAAGAUGAAAUAGAAGAUGCUGAUGAUGACAACAAUGAUGGAGAACAAAAUCAUGAACACCCAUCUCAUGAUUUGCCUUCAAAAUUCCUCCUUUACCAACAAUCUGUCCAGUCUCCCAAAGGAGACAUCAGUUAUUUGCAAAAGUUCUUUCUCAUGUAUGUUGGUGGAAGGAUGCCCCUCCAUCUUCAAGAAGAUUUCUGUGGCACUGCGCUUCUUAGUGCAGAAUGGCUCCGCAGCGAUCCAAGAAAGACAGCUGUAGGAUUAGAUUUGGAUCUCGAGGCACUGAAUUGGUGCCUGGAAAACAAUAUACCUAAAAUUGGGGCUGAUGGGUUUUCUAGAAUAUCCCUCUUUCAUGGCAAUGUGCUACAACCUCUCCAGUCUAAACUUGUGAAAUUGGAUCCCGAGGAGCUGGUAAGGAGCAUUUCACUGUCGCAGAAUACAGAAAACCUGCAGACUGAUGGGCUCGAGUCGGAUGUCCCAACAAGCUCUGCUUCUCAAGAUGAUGAUUUGACUAUGAAAAAUUUUCCACUGAAUGGAAGAGAUAUUGUGUGUGCUUUUAACUACAGCUGUUGUUGUCUCCACAAACGCACUGAACUGGUUUUGUAUUUCAAGCAUGCGCGUGAAGCCUUGUCAACGAAAGGUGGAAUUUUCGUAAUGGAUUUAUAUGGAGGUACAUCUUCAGAGAACAAGUUGAAGCUUCAGAGAAGAUUUCCUAAUUUUACGUAUGUAUGGGAGCAAGCUGAAUUUGAUAUUAUUCAACGCAAAACAAGGAUUAGCCUCCAUUUUCAUCUGAAAAAGGAACAGAGAAAAAUUCGCCAUGCAUUUUCAUAUAGUUGGCGUCUGUGGACAUUGCCCGAGAUCAGGGAUUGCUUAGAAGAGGCUGGAUUUCGAUCCGUUCACUUUUGGGUCCGAGAGAUGCCAGAUACCUCAGAAAUAACAAGAACUGAGGGAUUUGGUGCGGGAAAGGAUAUAAAAUAUGAAGAGACAACAAGUUUUCAGCAACAAGAUUCUUGGAAUGCUUACAUAGUUGGUGUUGCAUAGAUUCUUAGGAUGUUUAACUUAGUUUCUGCUGCUUUAUUUCUGUCAUAACUAGAAAAAAAACACCACUUGUAAUCUGUUUCUUUGCUUGUAACUUACUUUUCUUUCUUUAAUAUUUGGUUCUAAAUUGGAUUUAGCUUUGAGAUUAUGAAGCUUAACAAGCUUUUACAGGUAUAUUAAGUUUGGUUUGAAAUUUUCAUAA